AUGCACUUUAAAUAUGCUAGAUUUGCUCGUAAAGUUGUUUUCACUUCCGUAGGUCAUCAAUUUCAACGUAUCAUAUCACAAAAAAAGGAUUCUUUAAGCAGAGACAAAACAGUAAAAACAUUUAUGCGAUUGAAUGGCGGAAAGAUUAUCGCUGCAGUUACAAUUGGAGGAAGUACUCUUGCCGUAUUAAUAAACUUAUAUACGAAUUUUACUCAGUAUGAUAUAAUUUCUCCUGAUAAAUUUAUUCCUUUAACUAUAAAUAAAAUAACUCCAGUUAAUCAUAACACGAGUAUUUUUCGUUUGAAAUUUCCGAAACCGCUAAAAGAAAAUUUGCCAAUUACAUCUUGUUUUCAUAUUAAAGAUGAUUCAAUACAAAUCGUUCGCGAGUAUACACCCAUAUCUCCAACAGACGAAAGAAAUUACAUUGAGUUUUUAAUCAAAAUAUAUAAUGAUGGAUACUUAUCUCGGUAUAUUCAUUCCUUAAAAGAAGGUAAUAUUGUGGAGGUGAGAGGUCCGAUAUUGACCUUUCCUUAUACACCAAACAUGAAAACACAUAUUGGAAUGAUCUGUGGUGGAACCGGGAUAACUCCAAUGUAUCAAUUAAUUAAACAUAUUCUGUGCAAUCCUGAUGAUAAAACAAAAAUAUAUAUGAUCUAUGCAAAUGUUACCAAACAAGAUAUUCUUCUUCUUCGAGAACUAGAUCAAUUAUCUCAAGGACAUCCCGAUCAAUUAAAAAUCUUUUAUACUCUGGAUCAACCUCCUAACAAUGAAUUAUGGACACAGGGAGUUGGUUAUGUAUCUCAAAAUGCAAUUAAAAACCUUAUCCCUGGACCUCAAGAAGAUGUGCUUAUACUCGUUUGUGGACCAGAAGGCGGUGACAAGGCGAGAGAUUUAUCACAAGGUCCUGUUGGUGGCAUAUUGAAAAACCUUGGGUAUAAACAGCAUCAAGUUUUUAAAUUUUGA